GCCCGUCACUCCCCGGGUGUGUAUCCCCCCCUUACCCCAUUCGGGGCUGUCAUUCCGUGGGCGCCAGACUCGGGCUCAGGCACCGCCUGGCGCUGGACCCAGGGGGCGGGACGGUGCGGCGCGGCGGGAAUGGCGGACGGAGAGAGCCUGCUAUGGUCAGAGCAGGAUUUCCAUGAUGCAGCAAAGGGAAAUGACGUGAUCACAAUGGAAAUGCUUUUGAAGAAGGGAGUGAAUAUCAAUGCCAAAAACAGUAUAGAUCGAACAGCUCUCCACUGGGCAGUUGGGGCUGGACAUGAAGAGGCUGUGAAAUUUCUUCUCGACCACAAUGCUUCAGUGGAUGAUCAAGACAGUUUUGGGAUGAACGCUCUGCUUCUCGCCGCCUGGUUUGGUCAUCUCCGGAUUCUUCGAACACUGGUCAAUGUUGGUGCCAAGUUGUCAUGUGAAAACAAAAAUGGCCUAAAUUUGCUCCACUGUGCUGCCCGAAGAGGCCAUAUAAAGAUACUGGAGUUUAUUAUGGAAGACCUUGAAGAUAUAUGGCUGGACAAACCAGACAAUAUGCAACAAACAGCAUUACACCUGGCAGCAAGUUACGGCAACCUAGAGGUGGUGAAAUUCCUAAUUGGCUCAGGCUGUGUUCAUGGCCUAAAGGACAAGGAACAGAACACCCCCCUUCAUUUGUCUGCAAGAAGUGGGCAUGUUGAAGUGUUACAGAAAAUAGUAGAAACUGCAGUGGAUCUGGAUGAAAAAAAUUGGGAAGGUGAGACUGCAUUGCAUUUAGCAGCUGAAGAGGGACAUUUCAACUGUGUGAAAGUUCUUCUGAAUGGUGCCUGUGAUGUAAAUGCUCAAACAAAUAAGAAUAUGACUGCUCUGCAUUAUGCAGCUCGUCACGGCUGGGUGAAGGUGGCUGAGCUGCUGAUUGAAGCUGACAUAAAUGUGGAUGCGGCUAACCACCAAGGGGCCGGUGCAAUACAUCUUGCAGUGCUGCACAACCAUGACUCCAUUGUCAAGCUACUAAUUGAUACAGAAUGUGAUCUGGAUAUUGCCGAUCAUGUUUCCAGUUUUUUGAGUGUUGUUGGAGCUGAAUUCAUCCAGGCAAAGGGGGAAUAUUCCAUCAGAUUCCUGACUUGGACCCUGUCGAUGGUGGACAAACUGUUGGAAGUUAGCUGGCCAUUUCAGAGUCAACCACAUUGCUGUGGAUCUGAAGUCGCACAUAGGGCAGACCAGAGACAGCAAACAGCACUUCACAUCGCAGCAGAGAAUGGCAGGCACGUGAUUGCUGACAUGAUCCUUAUAGCAGGUGUAAAUUUAAAACUAGUUGAUAAGCAAGGAAAAACAUCCUUAGAGAUAGCAGCGCGUGGGAACCAUAUCAAUUUGGUUGAUAUGAUUAUCAAAGCAGACAGAUUUUAUAAAUGGGAGAAGGAUCAUCCAAACAUUGAUUCAGAGUCCUUUGUUGAAAUGCAUGUGACCUUCAGACAAGACCGCAGACCAGAAACCCAGCACAUUCGUUCGGUGAUAUGGAGACUAGCAACAAAAUACCUAAAACCAAAUGAGUGGAAGAAACUUGCCCAUUUCUGGAAGUUUACAGAAGCACAUAUAAAAGCCAUUGAGCAACAAUGGGCAGGUGCUAAAAGUUACAAGGAGCAUGGGCACAGAAUGUUGCUGAAUUGGCUGCCCAGUGUGAUCAUCUCAGGAGAAAACCCAAUUAAAGGGCUAUAUGAAGGCCUAGUGGGAAUAGGCAGAAGAGACCUGGCAGAAAGUAUCCGAAGAAAAGCAAAUGCUGACUGCAGUUCUCCCAGGAAAUGUGCAGUGAUGUGAUGUCUGAGGAACUGAAUCCUGAAGAUUUAGAGUAACUGAAAGAUUUUGUUCCCAUGAACAAGAAUCAGAGUGUAGAUGCUGAACUUUGAGCAAGGAUUGGCACUACCAAAAAGUAACUGUGUGGAUUUUCAGAUUAACUACUUGAUCUCAACACAUCAGUACAAAAUCUGUAAAUGGACUCGGUCACAUAAUGAGUGAUAAUCACACCAUCACAACCUGACUGCAAUUUUACAGAUCAUUAUUAUUUCUAUUAAACUACAUAAAAGAUUGUGCUCUAAAGGUCAAUGUGACAAAAAAGGUGGCCCGAAUUGAUCAGUUUUUCUGGGACAUUUGAUAAUUAAAUUGUUGAUAACCAAAAAAAGGCAGUACUUACCCAAACCUUUGCAACAGGAUCAGGCAGAAAACACAAGGGUCGACUGCUUGUGUACAGACCCUUCCAUUUGAAAAGAUACUACAAGGAACUCAUUCAUCUUUAGUAGAUGCAGUGUUUUUUACACUACUAAAAUUAUCAGUUCCAGAAUUGUCUUCACAAAUAUGAGCGUGCUCUCCCACAAAGACCGAGUGAUGGUUAUUUUGGGGAGGACUGGAAUAUAUAUCUAUUUCAACGAAGAUUUUCUCCAUCAAAAACAUCACUAUUUUUCAAUAUAUUUAUUUAAUUUAUUCAUUAAUACUUUUCAAUACAUUCAUUUAGAAUUAAUCAAUUUUUUUGUACAAGUGAAUGAAAUUGCUGCUCAUCAUUGCAUUGUUGAUUUGAAAAAGUGCCACAGUUUACAGCAAAAAGUAUUUCUGUAACUUGGCACAAUAGUGUCAACAUCAUCACACUACCACCCUAUUACCCUAAGCCAGAAGCCAUUACUGUAACUGUCUGUGUCAUAGAUCUGUUUAUCAACCUGCUUAUCACGUCUGCACCUGCUCAGGGAGUUCCUCUGAUCCCCUUGCACUUUGGUAUAUGGGUGACAAGUCUACUGCCUGCUUUGAUCGGUGCUCAUCGAAUGGACGUUAGGUGAGAAUUCUUUGGAUGUACUUAUGAAUAGUUUUGGACUAAUACGCUGUGCAAGAGAUAAAAUUCAAUCAUCUGAUAUUCCAGUAUGUUUUCUGUAACAACACAACUAACUUGUGUGUUUUUCUGAGAGCUGACCCGUCGUGAACCAAAUUUAAAAUCAAAGCAUGCUCAAAUAUAGAUUAACAACAAGUCCCACAUCCUACAGACUAAAGGGGUCACCAGGGGAACCCACAUGGGCCCAAGCUAUACCUGCCUCUUUGUAGGACACGUGGAACAAUCCCUCUUCCACUGCUGCACUAGCACUAUUCCCCACCUCUUCCCCACUACAUCGAUGACUGUAUCAGCACUGCCUCAUGCUCCCAGAACAGGCUUCAACAGUUCAUUAACUUUAUUAACACCUUUCACCCCAACCUCAAGUUCACCUGGACCAUCUCUGAUAUUUCUCUCUCCUUCCUGGACACCUCUGUCUCCAUUUCUAGUAACCAUCUCGAAACUGAUAUCUAUUUCAAGCCCACCAACUCCCACAGCUACCUAGACUGCAUCACCUCUCGCCCACCUUCCUGCAAGAAUGCAAUCCCCUACUCUCAAUUCCUCUGCCUCCGCCGCAUCUUCUCCCAAGAUGGGACAAUCCACUCCCGAACAUCCCAGAUGUCCUCUUAUUCAAGGACCGCAACUUGCCCGCUUCGCUGCUUGAAAAUGCUCUCGACCACAUCUCUUGCGUUUCCCACACCUCUGCCCUCAUAUCCCCUCCCCCAACAAAAACAAAGACAGAAUCACCCCUGUUGUCACAUAUCACCCAACUAAUCUCCGUAUCCAACAUAUCAUUCUCUACCACCUACAAGCCAGCCCCACAACCAAAGAUAUAUUUCCCUCCCCCACCCCAUCUGCCUUUUCUACGUACCAAUCUCUCGUGACUCCCUCAUCCGCUCCACGGUCCCCACUAAUCCCACCAUCUUUGGCACCUUUCCCUGCAACCACAGGAAGGGCUACACCUGCUCCUACACCUCCCCCGUCACCUCCAUCCAAGAACCCAAAAAAACCUUCCACAUCAGACAAAUGUUCACCUGCACAUCCGUCAACAUGGUCUCUUGCUCCCAAUGUGGCCUCCUCUACAUUGGUGACACCAAGCGGAGGCUCAGAGACCACCUUGUCGAUCAACCACGCUUUGUUUGCGACAGAUGACAACACCCCUGGUUGCGAACCAUUUCAAUUACCCCUCCCACUCCCUGGACAACUUGUUCAUCGUAGACCUCUUCCAGUGUCACGAUGGCACCACCGGAAAACUGUAGAAGCAGCACCUCAUAUUCUGCAUUGUAAGCCUCCAGCCCAAAGGCCUAAACGUGGUCUUUACCAGUUUCAAAAUCUCCCUAUCCCUCCAACUCAUCCCAUGACCAUCCCUCCCUGUCGGCCCCACCUCCUUGACCUGUCUGUCUUCUCUCCCACCUAUCCGGUCCUCCCAUCUCACUGACCAUCCCCCACCAUUGCCUAUCUGCACUCACCUAUCACCAUCCCACCUACCUUCCCCAGCCUCACCCCUACUCUCUAUAUUUGUUUCAGAGCUCCCUGCCCCCUCCCCCAUUUCUGAAGAAGGAUCCCGAGCCGAAAUGUCAAUUUUCCUGCUUCCCUGAUGCUGCCUGGCCUGCUGCGUUCCUCAAGUUCCAUACUGUGUUAUCUACUGGGCUUGUACUCCAUUAUCCACUAAGGGUGGCUCCAAUCUGCGUUAAGAUUAUUCAAAAUCUUCCUCUUUAGCUGAUGCGUCCAUGUUUGAACAGUGCAAAUUGUUGGAUUUGAUUUAGUUUCAAGAGGUCUAGCCCGUCACAACUGAGGAUGAGAAAGAGCUGGAAUAGAUGCAGCUGUCCUCUAUGAAAAGUUGUACGGGCCUCAGCAUUGAAAGACACCCAGUAGCAAUGGUUUCUCAUCUCUAAAAUCCAAGUGCCUGAUUUUCAUAUCAUAAAGGAAAGUCUAGCAAAUGUUUUGAAGUGCAGUGAUUGCAGGCUUUAAAGAUAACUGUUUUAUCACUUUGGUCAGUAAGUUUCAGCACUAUGUAUUCAUAAUCAUUUCUCCUAUGUUCAAAGUACUUACAUUGUAGAAACUGUUGAGCAAAGACUUCAUUUAGUCAGUUUCAUAAUUCCAAAUGACAAUCUGCAUUUGUACAGUAAUCUUAAUGUAGAAAGAGAUGUCAAAACUUCACACAAGAAAAAUUGGACAAGCACAACAAAGUUUAUUUGAACAAUUAAAACGGAACAAGCUAGAUUUACUUCAGCUUUCCAGCAUUUUGCUUUUAUGUUUAGACAAUGCUGUUUUGUAAGACCGUAAUAAAUAGUAACAGGAAUAGGCCAAUCGGCCCUUCAAGCCUCCUAGGUCAUUCAAUGGGAUCAUGGCUGAUCCGAUAUUCCUCAUGUCUAUUUUCCUGCCUUUUCUCCAUGAUCUCUGAUUGCCACUAAUCAAGAAUAUAUCUAACUCAAUCUUAAACAUACACAAGGAUUCUGGCCCCAACAAUCACUGUAUCAAGAAGUUCCAAAGGCUUACACUCUCUGAGAGAAGAAAUUCCUCCUCAUCUCAGUCUUAAAUUGGCACCCUUUUAUUCUAAGUCAAUGUCUUCUGGUCCCAGACUCUUGUGUGGGGGGAAACAGACUCUUAAACAUUUACACUGUCAAAUCCCUUAAGAAUCCUCUCAGUUUUAAUGAGAUCACCCCUCAUUCUCCUAAACUCCAAUGACCAGAGUCCCACCUUUUUUAGCCUUUGCUCAUAAGACAGUUCCUCCAGACCAAGGAUCAUCCUUGUGAAUCUUCCCUGGGAGAGUGCAGGGUCAUCAUGUUCCAAUAAAGACAAAGGGUGGGACCAUCAAAUUCUAUGAACCUUAAAUAUCAAGGAAUAUACCUGAUUGGAUAAAGAGCAAAAGGGAACCUUACGGCAGAUAUCAAGCACAGUGGCUCAGUGGUUAAGGUCCCAAGGUCCCCAGAUCAAUUCCAGUCUCGGGCAACUGGGUGAAAGGAGUUUGCAAAUUCUCCCCAUGUCUGCAUGGGUUUCCUCUGGAUGCUCCGGUUUCCUUCCAUAGUCCAAUGUGUGUGGGUUAAGUGGAUUACCCAAAACAUAAUUGUCCAGGGAUGUGCAAGCUAGAUGGAUUAGUCAUAGAAAAUGCAGGGGUACCAGGAAUGGGGUAGAGAGUCUUCAGAGGCUCUGUGUGGGCGUGAUGGGCCAAAUGUCCUGUUUCCACCCUGUAGAGAUUCUGUGAAGAGUACAGAAUGUGCAAAUGUGUAGUGAUUGGAACCAGGUGGAUCUUGACUACAAGAUCCUUGAUUGUGGUUGUUAACCUGGGUCAAUCAGGAAGCUCUGGUUGACCAAUAUAAACAGGGGAUUUAGAAUCUCCUGAGUUCAGGAGACUGACUCCGAGCGGGCUGCAAUGGCUAGUAUACCGUGUACGAUUAA